CCAGGGGCGCGGUCUCCGUCUUCCGCUGACGCCACCAUGGUGCUCGAUGUUCUGGCGCGCAUCAUCAAGGUGCAGCUGCCUGCCUACCUAAAGCGGAUCCCGCUGCCGGUCACCGUGGGCGGCUUCGCCCAGCUCACAGUUGCAGAAUGGCUGCGGUUGCUGCCGUUUCUUGGAGUCCUAGCACUGCUUGGGUACCUUGCCGUUCGACCUUUCAUUCCUCGAAAGAAGCAGCAGAAGGACAGCUUGAUCAAUCUAAAGAUCCAGAAGGAGAACCCCAAAGUGGUGAAUGAAAUCAACAUUGAGGACCUGCAGUUUACGAAAGCAGCGUACUGCAGAUGUUGGCGAUCAAAGACGUUCCCUGUUUGUGAUGGGUCUCACAACAAGCACAAUGAAUUGACGGGCGAUAACGUGGGUCCAUUGAUAAUUAAGAAGAAAGAAGUAUAACAUUUUCUUUAUGGGUGCCGUAAUGUGUUCAUUAUGUGAUGUAAAAAAUUUCUAAACUCUGGUCCUGAAUAUUAACAGUCCAAUAAAUAUCUUUGCAGAACAAUUUGCACAAGAUGUAAAGCUUUGUCACUAAUCUAUCUGUUGUAAUUUGUCGGUGUACAGUGAUAGUGCAUUCUUUUGUUUUUCAUUAAAAUAAUCAAUGAUUAAAGUUAA